GAACAGUAGAUACAGGUAAGAAGGAGAAAAAUGUGUUGGGACUUGGCAGUGAGGACUGGAGGAAAUGGGAUGGUGAAUACGGCAGAGUCCUGGCUCUCGCCAUCGCCAGAGGUGCCCUCGAGCUGGGCCCUUCCCGCUGGGAGAAGGGCACCGAUAGUUGUGCAAUCCUUGUCAGGAACUGGGAGAAUGUGGAAAUAGAGAUUGAAAUAAUUGUCAGAAUAACUCGAAGGGAUCUGCUGAAGCAGGCUGAAGACAGGAAGCGCCUGCUGGGAGAUAUCAGCAUGAAUAACAUCACAAGGCUACCAGAGGAUGCGUUCAAGAACUUUCCAGAGCUGCGACUGGCUGGCAAUGACCUUUCUUUUAUCCAUCCAAAGGCCUUGUCUGGGUUGAAAGAACUCAAAGUUCUAACCCUACAGAACAAUCAGCUGAAGACUGUACCGAAUGAGGCCAUCAGAGGAUUAAGCGGUUUACAGUCCCUGCGUUUAGACGCCAACCACAUCACUGCCAUACCGGAAGACAGUUUUGAGGGUCUGGUGCAGCUGCGUCACCUUUGGUUGGAUGAUAACAGCUUGACAGAAGUUCCCAUCUAUCCACUGAGCAAUCUCCCCUCUCUGCAGGCGUUGACGCUGGCUCUCAACAAAAUAACGCACGUUCCUGACUAUGCGUUUACAAACCUUUCAAGCCUUGUUGUUCUACACCUUCAUAAUAACAAAAUAAAAACUAUAGGAAAACACUGUUUUGAUGGGUUAGACAACCUUGAAACCUUGGAUUUAAAUUAUAAUAACAUGGUAGAGUUCCCUGAAGCCAUAAAAGCACUCCCAAGUCUAAAGGAAUUGGGAUUUCACAGUAACUACAUUUCCAUAAUUCCUGAUGGUGCAUUUGCAGGAAACCCCCUUCUAAGAACGAUACAUUUGUAUGAUAAUCCUUUGUCUUUUGUGGGGAACUCAGCGUUUCAGAAUCUGUCAGAUCUCCACUCCCUGGUCAUUCGAGGUGCCAGCAUGGUGCAGUGGUUUCCUAAUUUGACAGGAACCAUUAAUUUGGAGAGCUUAACUCUAACAGGGACCAAGAUAAACAGUAUUCCUGUUAACUUAUGUCAAGAGCAAAAAGUGCUACGAAGUUUGGACUUGUCUUAUAACAGUAUAAAGGACCUCCCAAGUUUUAAAGGCUGCCACUCCUUGGAAGAAAUUUCCUUACAGCAUAAUCAAAUCCAAGAAAUCACAGAGGAAACCUUUCAAGGACUGACCUCCCUUCGUAUCCUUGACCUCAGUAGAAACCAGAUCCAUCAGAUCCACAAGGAAGCUUUCACCACUGUUGGAGCUAUUGUCAACCUAGACCUAAGUUUUAAUGAACUCACUUCAGUUCCAUCUGAAGGGUUGAGUGGACUGAACCAGCUUAAACUUGCAGGGAAUUCUGAGCUGAAAGAAGCGUUGGCAGCCAAGAACUUUGCAAAGCUCCGGUCGCUCUCUGUACCGUAUGCUUAUCAGUGCUGCUCAUUUUGGGGUUGUGAUUCUUUCUUAAACUCUAAUGCAGAAGAUUCUGGUCAUCAAGAUCAAGGUGCCUUGAUGGAACGUGAGAAGGCUGAUGCAGAUGCUCUAAGAAAUGAGGAGAACGAGGAACUGGGACAGACUAUUAUUCACUGUACACCAGCAACAGGUGCUUUUAAGCCUUGUGAAUAUUUAUUGGGCAGCUGGAUGAUUCGACUUACUGUCUGGUUUAUUUUUUUAGUUGCUUUGUUCUUCAACCUGCUUGUCAUGUUAACAGUAUUUGCAUCCUGUACUCCAUUGCCGUCUUCCAAACUGUUCGUAGGCCUGAUUUCUGUCUCUAACUUAUUUAUGGGAGUCUAUACUGGCAUUUUAACUUUCUUGGAUGCUGUUUCUUGGGGAAGAUUUGCUGAAUUUGGCAUAUGGUGGGAGACUGGCAGUGGUUGCAGAGUUGCUGGGUUUCUUGCAAUCUUUUCAUCAGAAAGUGCCAUUUUUUUCCUGAUGUUGGCAGCUGUUGAACGGAGCUUCUCAGCAAAGGAGAUCAUUAAAAAGGGGAAAAGCAAUCGCCAAAAACAAUUUCAAAUCGCGGCAGUUUUUGCUUUCCUGUGCGCUGUGGUAGCGGGAUGCUUACCACUGCUGUAUAAAGCGGAGUACUCGGCCUCACCCCUCUGCUUGCCCUUCCCCACCGGAGAAACCCCUCCGUUAGGUUUCACAGUAACUUUAGUACUCCUGAAUUCAUUAGCAUUUUUGCUAAUGGCUGUUAUCUACACUAAACUGUACUGCAACUUGGAAAAAGAGGACCUCUCCGAAAACUCGCAGUCCAGCAUGAUUAAGCAUGUCGCUUGGCUCAUCUUCACGAACUGCAUCUUUUUCUGCCCUGUUGCGUUUUUCUCAUUCGCACCAUUGAUCACUGCGAUUUCUAUCAGCCCUGAAAUCAUGAAGUCUGUUACUUUGAUAUUUUUCCCAUUACCUGCUUGCCUGAAUCCAGUCCUGUACGUAUUCUUCAACCCAAAAUUCAAGGAAGACUGGAAGUUGCUCAGGCGCCACCUGACCAGGAAGAACGGAGCGGUAGCGAUUGCCGUCAACGCCCAAGGGGGCUGCGUGCCGCAGGACUUUUACUACGACUGCGGCAUGUACACCCAUCUGCAGGGUAACAUCGCCAUGUGUGAAUGCUGCGAAUCGCUCCUUUUAUCCAAACCCGUGCCCUGUAAACAUUUGAUAAAAUCCCACAGCUGCCCCACGCUGGCAGUGGUGCCUUGCCAAAGGCCGGAUGGCUACUGGUCGGACUGCGGCACCCAGUCUGCCCACUCCGACUACGCCGACGAGGACGACUCCUUCGUGUCGGACAGCUCCGACCAAGUGCAGGCCUGCGGCCGCGCCUGCUUCUACCAAAGCCGAGGGUUCCCUUUGGUUCGUUACGCCUACAACAUACCAAGAAUUAAAGACUGAAAAGGCUUUUUUUGCCAUCAGCCGUUCUAAUGAGGCGGUAUAACGCUUCA